AUGGACGAGAAGCAGGUUCUACUGCACCGCGCACCCACGAAUGCCGAACGCAAGUUCACGCUGGUCAUCCAUGGAGGUGCAGGGACCAUGGACAGACGUCGAUCUACUCCUGAGUUGCGAGCCGCAUACAAAGCAGCUCUUAGUAGAGCGUUGCUGGCGGGCUACGAAGUGCUGAAUAUGGGAGGCGAGGCGAUGGACGCGGUGGUGGCAGCUGUGUCGUCUAUGGAAGACUGUCCCCUGUUCAACUCUGGACGAGGUGCUGUCUUCAACACUGCCGGAAAACAUGAGCUAGAGACCUCUUUAAUGCUCUCAAAGCCUCCCUCAACGCACCCUGACAUCCCCGAAACAAGGCGCGGGAUGGGCAUAACCCUCAUCACGCAUGCGCGCAACCCGUCACAGCUUGCCCGUGCGCUGUAUCUCUCGCCAGAGACCGUCGAGCAUACCAUGAUGUCCGGCAGCAACGCAGAGGCACUCGGAGCCGCGCAAGGCGUACAGCUGGUCGACGAGAGCUACUUCUUCACGGAAGCGCGCUGGAGGGAACACCGCCGCGGGCUGGGCCUUCCAGAAGAACCGCUCCCGUUCCCACCGAAGGCGGGCGACGAGGAGGUGCCAAAGGAACUACUGGACCAGCUGCCCACGGGCACGGUUGGUGCGGUAGCACUGGACGAGCGUGGCUGCAUCGCAUCGUGCACUUCAACUGGCGGGCGUACGAACAAACUCGUCGGACGCGUGGGCGAUACGCCCCACAUGGGCGCGGGCUUUUGGGCAGAGGAGUGGCGUGUGAAGGGAUUCGCCAGACGUGCCUGGAGGAAGGUGAGAGGAAAGGGUGCCAAGAUCGCGGUCGGUGUCAGUGGUACGGGCGACGGCGACUAUUUCAUUCGCCUGGCGACUGCCUCGACGAUCGGGCGGCGAAUGAACUAUCUCAACGAGUCGCUUACGAAAGCGGCGAAACACUGCGUCGAGGAGCUUCGACACGACGGUGGUGUCGGCGGUGUCAUCGCGCUUGACGAUCAAGGGAACGUUGCGCUGCCCCUGAACUGCUCGGGGAUGUACCGCGGUGUCAUUCGUCCAGACGGCGUUCCCAAGACAGCUAUAUUCGAUGAUGAUGAGCUCGACUGA